GCGAAGGUAGCCAAGGUAGUAGAGAACCAGCAGGAGGAAGAGAAACUUAGACAAGAACGUGAAAUUGAGGAACGAAGACUAAGAGAGAAAAAAGAAAGAGAAGAAUUCCAGAAGGAAAUGAACGACUCGUGGAAUGCUAAGUUUGAGACUGUGUGUGGUGCUCUCGAUGCAAGCAAGAGUGCAGGUUCGAAUAAUCAGGAGCUGGAGAAACUCAAAAGCAGGUGGAGGUUCUGCGAAUAGGACAGAGGCAGGUGAUGGGUAAUUCCGGAGCAUCUACAAGCAAGCCAAUGGUUAGCGAUGAUGCUGUGCUUGCUCGCCUUCUCCAUGACCAAGACGAGAUGAGAUCCAAACUGAAGGCUGCAGUUGGUGCAUGCAAGAAAGUUGAAAUACUGGAGAAUGAGGUACGGGUGUUGAGGAAAUCACAUGAUGAUGCCGUGCAGGAGGCGGAGACAUGGAAGAAGGAGGCGCUGAGGACGGGCAACAAGCGCAGUCACAUAGCCACGUCACCUGCAUCAACUUUGAAAAUGCCGCCGGCCACUACACCUCGGAAAUCUCCGAGUAGGGAGCGAACGAAUGUCGACACGAUGCAGCUCAGACAGUUGCAUAAUUUGGAAGUGGAAACGCUGAAGGAGCUCAGGCUGCAGGAGCUGAAUAGGCGGCGGGAGGCGGAACAGGAGAAUGAACGGAUGAAAGAGGAGUUGGCGAAGCGAGACGCUGAUAAGCGUGUGACGCCGAAAUCUAGCUUUCGUGAGAAACUUGACGAGGCUGAGGGAAAUGUUGGAGGGUCAAUUCUGCGAACGGAAAAGGGCAAGAAGAAGCCCGGUGCAGGGAACAAGGUUGGCAAGGAGAAUGAUCGUGAAUCCUUCAUAUGGGAGGCGAAGAAGGAAUUCCGGAACUUGAAGAAGGAUGACGUCAUGGACAUCUGCAUGAAGGAAGGAGUAAAAUAUACAACUCUAAGCGAAACUAUCACAGAAAUUAUCAGUAAGCGUGCUGAGCGGGCCUUUGGGAAAAAGGCGGCGGUGCAAGACAUCUCCGACGAUGUUGCAGGGGAGCCACAGAACGGGGGUAAGGAUGACGGGAGGGACUCGGCCACUUCUUAGGGGCCCUCCCGAGCGCGACUGAUCUUUGGUCUUUAGCUCUCUCAUGUCAACAGCUUAGAUCUUCUCCUCCUCGCUUUCUCAGACUGAAGAACUUAGACUCCCUAUUUCGUCUAACUGUCAUAACACUUA